AUGGGCCUCUUCCGCCGACAUACCGCCGACGAUAUCGAGGAAAUGGCUCCUCUACCGCCUGAUGAGGCCACCUCGAUGACAACUACCAACUCGGUAGACCACCAGAAAGCAGCGCUGGUCCGACUCCCUUCCGAGAUCAUCUAUCAAAUACUAUGCUAUCUGCCAUGUCAAUCACUCGUCUCACUCUCUCGGUGUUGUCGUCGGCUACGAGGACUGGCCUCCAAUGACCUUCUCUGGGCCAACUUACUUCGCCCGAAUAUUCCUGCAGAAGACUUUCCGUCGGAUCCGUAUCCUUCAUCCUCGCAUCGUGAUUUAUACAUCACGCAUCAUCCCUACUGGUUCGUGCCCCGAAACAAGAUCUGGAUUUCCGAUGAACCGCACAUCGGCCGCGUGAUGAUCUGCCGUUUCGACCCGCGGCGAGGCUGUAUUGAGGGAUACCGCCUUCUGGCUGAGAGGACUCCAUCAAUGGGUCUUCUCUGGCCUUAUGAACCCAGUGUGGUCAUUCACAACUUCCAUCCACGCGUGCACCUCUGGUUGGAUGACCCGAUCCUCAAACUGCCGCAUGACAUCGUCCCUUUCAAUACCCGUCAGGGUUGGUGGGAAGCCGAGAUUAAAAUGACUGUUGGACGGCCCGGACACAACACGUCUGCCUCUUUCUUCUUGAGCAGAGACAUUCCUCUACAUUUGCAGAACAAAUCCAUGGCUCUCUGGCCACCAAGAACAAUCCCCGAUAUGCCUCGCGUGCGCGCCGCCAGCGUGGAUAAGUUCCGCGGGUCAGGACAUAAACCGCAAAAAUACGAUCAGAUCUCGCAGACUACCUUUCGCCUCAGGCAUUGGAGCCAAUUUUCAUCAGGCAUGGCGCACUUCGGGAUUAGGAUAGGUGAAGAAGUCUCGACGUGGAGUACCAUUGAUCCGGUGUUGUACACCCCGACAAAGGAAAAGCCUUACCAAGGUAUCUUUGUGGGCGAUUACGCCAGCCACGGAUGCGAGUUUCUGUUGGUCAUGCAGUCGGAAAAAGGCCCUGAGAUUCCUGAACGUCGACCCACGGACGCCUAUUUGAGAGGGCUAAUUGACUUGCCUGCCGAGAGCGAGGAAGAUGAGUUGGACGAACCGGUGCUUGCCCAGCAGACAGACGAACAGCUUUCUCAGUCCCAGUCGCAAUAUCAACGCGACAUGAUGGCAAUGUAUGAAGACGAGGGCAUAUACAAAGGCUCCAUCGAGGCGGUCAAACUAACGGGAGAUCCCCACGUUCCGCGAGGAGAGUACACUUUCGUGGCGGAUGACAUUGGACCUGGUGGAUUGAUUAGAAUUGCAGAGGAACAUCCGUUUAGGGGGGCGAGGGUGGUGAGAAGCAGGGGGCACGUCGCUGCAAGGGGAUUUCAGAAUGACGAAUUCAUUCCCUCCCAGCUUAUCAUGAUUUCGCCCAAUAAAUUGGCCCAGUAUUGGGUGCCAUACGGUCAUAUCUCCUUCUACGAGAGGAUCGAUCUCGACCAGUUGAUAGAUGAUACUUUCCGUGGAGGGCAUGGAUAG